CCACAAAGUCAACCACCUCCCUUCCUCUCCGCCCGAAACUCUCCAUCUGCUACAGCUGCGCCUUGAGCUAGCGGAAGCUCCAUGGCGGCUUCCGAUCAGAUUCCCGGACAGGAAUUCGACUAUGAAGCCCUUCCUUCCAACUAUGGCCUUAGCCGGAAUAUGCUAGCUGGUGCUUUCGCGGGGAUAGCGGAACACUCGGUGAUGUACCCUGUUGACUUGCUCAAGACUCGCAUGCAAAUCUUGACCCCUUCAACUGGCGGUCUCUACACCGGAUUGACCAACGCGGUCUCUACAAUCUAUCGAGUUGAGGGCUGGCGGACACUAUGGAAGGGAGUCUCGAGUGUGAUUGUCGGCGCAGGUCCCGCACACGCUGUUUACUUCGGUACAUAUGAGAUCGUGAAGGAUAUGGCUGGUGGUAAUGUCGACGAUGGACAUCACCCGUUGGCUGCCGCUAUGAGUGGAGCGGCCGCUACCAUUGCCAGCGAUGCGCUGAUGAACCCAUUCGAUGUUAUGAAGCAACGUAUGCAGGUCCACGGCUCAGUUCACAAGACCCUGGCGCAAUGCGCCAAGACCCUCUACCGCACCGAAGGUCUCCAGGCCUUCUACGUCUCCUACCCUACCACACUUUGCAUGACCGUGCCCUUCACGGCCACUCAAUUCGUUGCCUACGAGUCGAUCUCGAAGGUCAUGAACCCCAAGGGUGAUUACGACCCAUUCACCCACUGCAUCGCAGGUGGUCUGGCCGGUGCCUUCGCAGCUGGUCUUACCACUCCCCUUGACGUUGUAAAGACCCUCCUCCAGACCCGCGGCCUCGCAGAGAGCGAGGAGGUACGGACUGCAAAGGGUCUGUUCAACGCUGCUGCCAUCAUCAAGCGCCGAUUUGGCUGGUCUGGCUUCCUGCGUGGCAUGCGUCCUCGCAUUAUUUCCACUAUGCCUAGCACUGCAAUUUGCUGGACAUCCUAUGAGAUGGCUAAGGCAUACUUCAAGAAGCACCUCGACUAAAAGAACCCCGACUUGAUCCUCUCGCACGGCCACUCGCCAUGGGUCCUAUCCACCAUUCCCGAUGGACCUGCUACUUGUUCGAUAUACCACGUUUGUGUGGGCACCAUAUAAUCUUUCUUUGAUCUCUUCGGGCGAUAUGGGUCUGUUCUUUUACAAUAUGUUCUGGAUUUGGGUGAUUGGGCGGAGCCCAGCAACCCUCAUUGUGGCUCAUCUCGGGCCAACAUAGCCCGGGUUUCGAUCUUCUUGCAUGUUUAGGGCUUUUUAUGAAAAGCGUUUCGGCAAUGUAUAGUUUUGGGAAAAAGCGGGACACGGCCACUUUCGACUUCAGAGAUUAAACCUGGUGCUUAUUUUUUUCUUUUAUUUUUGGAUUCUUCGAUGCUCUCUUCCAUUCGAUGUGUCCUAUACUGUGACCGGCGUUGGAAAAACCUCUGGUUCUUUAUUUUUGGUUUCUUGAGAGGGCUGGGUUCUCUGUGGCAUCACUAUAACUUAUGUUUUUUUUAUCUUGCAUGUACCGAUAGACGUGAGGAAUUUAGAGAUGAUGUCUGAGUUUA